GAGAAAGAAACUGGAAACAAAAGUGAAGAAACUUGAAGAGGCUGCAACAAAGCAUACACAGGACUUCAGACAACUGAAAACUGAAAAGAAAAAGCUUGAAAAAGAGCUAAAGAAGGCACAAGGAAAACUUGAUGGUGUACUUAAAGAGAAGUGCAGAAAAGUUAAGCAUGCAGAGACCCAGAGUUCAAGUGAAGAUCUUGCAACAGAUAUAGACAAAGAAAAAAUAAAGCUCUUGUUAGAAGAACUCUGGAUGUGCAUUGACAGUACAACAGGGAAGAGAGAGAAUCAGGAAAAUGAUCCUGUCUUGGCUUCUGUUCAGGAUAAGGCAUGGCCUGAAAAAAGACGACUGACUGUUACAGAAGAAACAGUACAAAUCCACCAAAAAAUCAGGAAGUGUGAUGGCAAAACACUGCCGUGGUAUUCUUCACUGGAAAGUGCUGGAAAGCAAAAUUCUGUAACAGCCACACAACUUCAAGCAAGUAUUGAGCCUUUUGGAGGUGACUGUGUUGAGAACAGGACUACUGAAGAAUGUCUGCACGGUGUUGAGGAUAAAACUGUAGAUGUGAUAACACAGACAGAUGGGACACACAGCAGUUCGGACUUCUCCGAUCAGGAGCAAAAGGGCCCAGGUGGAAAUGUGAUGGAUAUAUUGAAUUGGGCCAGGCCUCUCCCUGCUCUACUUUCUCCAGUACAGCUUUCACCACUAACUACACAGGAUAUAUUGUUUGGAGAAGUCACAGGUUCCAGCGACGAAGAAGUUGAUUGCGGUGCUUCUGCAGUGGAGGAUAUUUUACAAGAAGACCAAGUUCAGCCUCAGAAUUGUAAUGUAUUCAGCCUCAAUGAGGGGUGUAACAGACAGAGCAAAUCAUGUGAGCAUGCUCUUGAUGCAGAAAUCUCACGUAACCUGAGUUGGAAUGAAAAGAAUGUUCAUAUCAGUCCAAAGAUGUUGAACAAGGAGGAGAGAGAUGCUGAAGCAAAGCAAGCUGAAGCUGCUACUUUAGUUACAAACAUGGAAACUAACAAAGAUUGUUUGGAGAAGAAUUCUGAGAAUAUAGAAACUGAGAAGGGGGAACUAACUGAAGCAACAGCACAUGAAUUGAAAGCCAUCGAAGAGCAGAGGGGAGAUAGUGAGGGCAUGCACAGUGAAGAGGGAGGUUCUUCAGCUGAUUCUGUGUUACGCAAUUUCAAGCCUCAGAAUCAGAAGGAAAAAUGUAGUGAGGUAGAGCAAACAGAGGAGAAUGUAAUCUUAAUGAGAGCUGUUGAUUAUGAGGGUACACAUGAAAAGUGUGGUGAACUAAUGAAAGCAGAAAGAGAUGGAUUGUCAGGAGAGAGCGAAACUCCCAGGGCAGUAUCUGUUCCCCAAAAUGUUACUCAUUUGCGACCUGAGCAAUGCAUUGUGCUUUGCAGUGAAGAUUCUGAGGAGAAAUCUGAUGUGUUGACGCAGAAUGAAGUGGUUGGAAAUGAAUCAAAAAAUGUAAUCAAAGUAACUAAUAUGGCAAGUGAUGUAGGGGAAAACAUAAAACAAGUGGUAAUUGGAGAGGAAAUAACAGCUGCAAUACAGAUGAAAGGACUCUGUGCAGAGGCAAAUAAUCAGAGUGAGCUCUCUGAAAAUGUAUUGUCUGAUUUCAGUAGCUCAAAAUCCUUCUGUGAAGUGGAGUAUCCUAAAGACCUAACAAUACAGUGUGAUGGGGAGGGAAUAAUUAUGGAGACUGAGGCAGACACUGGAGCUAUUGAGAUCUCUGCACACUCUCAGUGCUCGGAAAUAAAACAUGACAGUGAAGAGAUACUGGAGAAACAAUGUGUGCAAACAAUAAAAGAUGAAGUGGACAGAGAAUGCAAACCAGAGACUGUUAAAGUCUCUAGACAUUACUUACCUGUACCUGCUGUUGAAGGAAUCAAAAAUUUAUUGGCCUUUUCAAAAGAUGAUGAACAGCUCAAAACUGAAGGCUUGAAUGUAACCAGACCUGAGACUAUUGAACUAGCCAUGAAAUGUAACAGACAAAGUGUUCUAGAAAUAGCUGAAUCAUCAGAGCUACUCCAUAGUGCAGAAACUGGAAAAUUGGUAGACAUAAAGGGGGAGGGAUAUUUAAAAGGCAGACCACAACAGGAAGAAAAUGGUAGUAAUUUAUCGCAAGGGGAGUCAGACUUGGAAAGUGUACUUGCACUACCAAAGACAGCAUGCAUUAUUGAUGCAGAAAGCAGUGUUGCUAAGUGUGAAUCCUCUGAGUUAGGUUUUACAGAAGUAAAAGGUGAAAUAAAACAACCUGAAAACCUGUGUAGUACAUUGGAACGUGAAACUCAAAACUUUAGAGUGUUUGAAUCUCAAGAGACUGAAUUCAAAGUUAAUCCAGAAGAUUUCAGAGAGGAAAGCAGUGAGCUGAUCGAAAGAGUGGAUACCAUUGAAUCUGUCUUAGAAAGUAAUCUUACUUCUCAGGCACAGUCUGCAAAACCUCUGAAUCAGUUCUUGAUAACUGACAAUGUUAAAUGUGAUGAAAUAGAAGGGGAAUUAAAUAAACAAAACAAGGAAUUGGUGACUGACACUUGCUCCAGUUCAUUUAACUGGGAAGAGAAUAUUGUGAAGAAAAACAGUAUUUCAGAGAUCAUCUGCCAGCCUAUUUCAGAAAUGGAUUUUAAUAGUGGCUUGGCUUUUUCUUUUCAAGGGGACUUGGAGAUGGGCUGUAUAAGUACUGAAGAAGCAGAUUCUCCUGUGCAGGUGGGAAUUGGCUUGCAAUCCACAAUGCGUCCUGAUCCAAAUUUCAAUCUUCAGAAAGUUGUCAAUUUUGUUGAAACUAAUUUCACAGAAAAGACUUUUUCCUGUACAUGGGAAAACAAAGGAGAUAAAAAUUGUGUUACGGGUAGUGCAUUUAACUGUUCUUCAGAAAGGUUGGAAGAAGGUGCUGAGAUCCUGUCUGCUGAAAAGGACAACAUGUGCAAAGAACUGGACUGCCCUGAGAGGGAAUACAUACACAAAAAUGAAGUGAAAAUUCCAGGUGAGAAGGAGCAGCCAGUAGAUAAAGAACCUCAGGCAUCUGUUAAAUCACAGAUCCUGGAUGCAAACUCUUAUAAUAAGAAUACUUUUCUUCUCCAAAAGUUUGAUUGUCAAGAAUCAGGAUGCAGGACUUCUACAUGGGAGGUUAGAACAGAUCCUUCUAGAACUGGUUCACUAACAGUUGGAGGAGAAAGCAAAGAAUUGAAUAGUUCUGAGGCAUCAGGGGAAAAUGCCGUAAAAAGGUCUAAAAAUGAUUUUGAUAUGCCAGAGCAGCGUAAUGAAUCUGGAGAGAAAGACUGUUCUAUACAAAAAGUUAGAUAUGUGAAAUGUUCUGAAUGUGUCCCCAUGUUCAGAAAGGAACUGAGAGCUUCCAGGAGAAUUGCAGCAAGUGCUCUGGAAACUGGUGUCAUUGUUGAUGCUGAUUACCAAGUACGUCAACUUCAUUCGACAGUGCACCCAGGAAAUUCUUUGACAGUUAGUCAUCUAAAAGGAGACACUAUCAGGGAUAUGGAUACACACUGUGAAACGAACAGCUCUCCAGAUACUGCAAAAGAGUUGUCAAGUGUGGUUGGGGAGGGUUAUUCUAAAGACUUAGCCUCUUGGAAAAGAGAGUGUGUAUUAGUAACCUCUGAAAAUACUGAGGGUGCUAAUGAAUGCAUGGUAGAUUCUAACAGAGCUAGGUGCAUCAAUGACAAUGAGGAAAAUCUGUUAAAAGCUGGGACAUCAAAAGAAAGCCCUGUGAUGCCAAAUGCUUCAAAAAAUAGAUUACCACUAUACCAGAUGUUAACCAGGUUCUCAGAAACUUGCAGACAGGCUGUAAAAGACAGUAAAUUAAAUACAAAAAUGUUAGCACUUGGCGAUUUCUUGGAAGAAAAUGAUUCUGAAAAACUUCAGUCAAAUGUGGAGCAAAGUCCACUACACAGUGUUGAUACGGGGUUCUCAGUGUCUGAAGAAUUUAAUCAUAAUCAAACUUGCACUGCUUGCAACAUAGGAGAAAACAACACUGAUGUUAUCCUAGAUGGUAGCAGUAGAAAAAAAAAGUUUGUCAAGUAUCUUCCAAAUCCAGCCCUAUCUGAUGCAGAGUGCAAUUGUCAGACAGUUAGGCAGGCUGAGCCACAAAAACCAGUGUUUGAGAAGUUAUGUAUGUUGGAAUCAGAGUCUUGUGUGGAUGUUGCUCUCAAAAAGAGCAAUGAAUUGAAGUACAGAGAGCGAGAACCAUCUGAAAUCUUGAGCGUUUCAACCAAGACAGCUGCCCAAGUAACGCAUGCCACGCUAUCAAAGAGGCGGUUUCAAGGUAAAAGAAAAACAAAGACUCUCAAAGUUAAAGUAACUCAGCCAGUUCUUGCAAAUGCUGAUACUUCUGUGCCAACAAAAUGCUCAUCCGAGACUAUAAAUAAAAUUAGGCAAGAGAUGGGUCCUCCUCUGCCCCCAUUGCUACUGCCUUUGAUUGCUACUCCUCCGAAAGCUGGAUGUACCAUGUCCCCAGUAAUGUCUUCUACUGGUCGAUCCUCUUUGCUUUCCCCUCUUGAUGACCUGAUAUCCCCACUACGUGAAACUCCUGUUCCUCCUCUCAUGUCUCCAUUAACAGAUACUCCAACAGUAAAAUCUGCUCUUUUAUUUUCUCCUUCCUCACCCUCAGAAAUGGCAGUAGGUAGAAGGAUUCGCUCUUCACCUUUGAAAUUUUGUACUUCCAUUCCAAAGCAUGCACUUCCUGUCCCAGGAAGAUUUCCUCCGUUUGCAGCCGAUAGUGCUGCUCCAGGCGCUCCUCAGGAGAACUCUGUGAAAAUACUGGACACUAUAUAUCCAGAGCUGUCUGCAAGGGCGAGGACACUAAACAUUCUGAAAGGCAAUAUUCAGCUUAACCGCUGUGCUUUUUCAGACAGCCAAAGUUUGCCAGGACCUGUGGCUCAAAUAGGUGGGUUCAAAGCAAUUGCAUCUACAUCAACUGCUUUUGUUAAAACUGGGAGCAAUUUGAAAUCUGCUAGUAGCAAAGAUCAAGACAAAGAUGUGCAAAAUCAGCAAUUGUUUUCAAGCUCAUCAAACCAUCUUGAAAAACAGGGACUAUUGCCAAUACCUAUGCCAAGAAGUGCAAAGAGACUGAGAUUGGACAGUGAACCACCGAAGCUGGAGCCCAACGAUGUUGCUGCUAUCGCAAAUACUAAAAAUACAAUCUCUGAAAUGCAGGAAGCUUUCCAUGACAAAAGCUUUGAAAUCAGUGAUUCAGCACACAGUUCCAGUUUGGAAGCAUUGCUACCAGUAAAGAAGGUUAUUGAUCCUGACUGUCAGAAAGUUUCUUCAGCAUUGAAGAAAAUUGCUGAAUCCUGUUUUGACUUGUUACCAGUUAUUAAAGGUCACAUGUAUGUUGGCAAUAUCUCGAAGACUCCAAUAAUGAGAGAUGAAGAGAAAGAAGUUGUCUAUGAAUUUGGUAUAAAAAACAAGCAUUUAGCAGAGUCCUUGCUGCAUGUUAUUCUCAAUAAACUCAAGGCUCAGAAGAAUGCCACAAAUUACAAUUUCAAUCAGGCUUUAUGUCGAGUCUAUACAGGAAUUUGUCGACAGUUGGGAGAUUUGGAAAGAGCCCGCCUUUUCUGCUAUAGCCUACUUAAAGAAG